UCCUCUAAUGAAAUCUGAACCACUGUGCAGAGAAAAGAGGUCCUUGCAAGCUGAAGACUUUUUAACUGCAAGCUUAGAUUCUUACCAAUUCCCGUGGAAAGAACAUAAGAGCUUUUCAUUUUUUGAAAUUUCAUCCUAACUAAUGGAGUUCUUCCAUGAAUUUCACUAUUUUAUCCACACACUGUAUCAGCACCCUGGAUAACGGCAAACACAUUCUGUGUUCCACGGACGCUUUAAGGGGCAUUCUCAUUCUUUCCGGGAUGUAGCAGGACUUCGUCCAAUCUGAAAACAUCAGGCUGUAGUUGAAAAUCAAGUCCAAACCAUUUGGACACUCUUCCUGUCCAUUUGGCAAGAUUUUUGCUUCAUUAUUAUGUUGUGGAUAGUUCACUCAGGAAGCUUAGAUAUGAAAUGCCUUAUCUUCACUACUUUCCUUGUUCCUUUUUGGACAUCACGGCUGAUGUAGUAGCGAUCGCACAGCAGUAGCUGGAAUGGCAGCGCUGGAUCCUCUUGCAUAUCACAUCUUGUAUAUCACUGCCUUGCAGUGUUCCAUUUUGCUGGAUUGCCUUAUUUUUGCAAUUGCAAUGCAUUUUUCUACUCCCGUGUACCUGGAAUAUAGGAAAGCUAUCUAAUUACAAUGAUCCUUAAUCUUCUAGGAAUAUCUUUACCAUUUAUGUAAGUCUGUCACUCACUGGCUGAUAUCUAUUUUUUUGUUUUUGCUCUGUCCAUAUUUUGAAACUAAAUAGCUAAGCCUUUGUCAUUUUAUGUACUGGGUACUUUUCUGCUGCUCUCCAGGAAAUAAUUGGCCAUUGAUCUGACUGUUGUAUGACUUCUCUGUGAAGGACAGGAGCAAGAUGAUUACAGGCCAGUCCAAUGUAAUCCUGACACAAGAAGCAAUCCUUGCAAUCAUAUGUUGUCUGAAAUGAUUGCUUUGUUCUGGACUGUUUGAAGACGUAUAACUUUUGUAGGGUCUUAGUGCCUCUAGAUCAAACCUAUCAGCGUGAAGACACAAGGACGAUGUUUCUUAAAAGUACGAGAUUUUCUAACAAAGAAAAAGAAAGGAUGAAAGAGCGGGAGAAAGAAUUAAGGGAGAAAGAAGGGCGCUACACCAAUGGUCACCUUUUCAAUUCUAUUUCUGUCUCAGGAAUGACCAUGUGCUAUGCCUGUAACAAGAGCAUCACAGCCAAAGAAGCCUUAAUAUGCCCUACCUGCAAUGUUACCAUUCACAACCGUUGCAAGGAUGUCCUGCCUAACUGCACCAAAGUGAAACAAAAGCAACAGAAAAUAGCUCUGGUGAAAAGUACUUCAGCUCUACAAACAGUUGCACUAAGAAGUAAAGGGAGUAUAAGGGAGAGGCCUAGUUCAGCUAUUUACCCAUCAGAAAGUUUUCGGCAAGGUUUCCUGAGUUCUCGAAAACCCAGGACCCCCUUGUCUUUGUCUAAAAGUGUCUCAACUACCAACAUCGCAGGGAUCCCCAAUAUCAGGAACUUUAAUGACGAUUCUCCGCUGGGACUCAGGAAGAUGUUAUCCCAGUCCACAGAUUCUCUUAAUAUGAGGAACAGGACCUUGUCUGUUGAGUCACUUAUUGAUGAAGGUGCUGAAGUGAUUUAUAAUCAUCUGAUGGGUAACCUUGAAGCAGAUGAAAAAGACUUUGAGGCUGAUUCAUGGAGUCUUGCUGUUGACACAAACUUUCUCCAACAGCACCGUAAGGAUGUGAUGAAACGGCAGGAUGUCAUUUAUGAACUGAUACAGACAGAGGUACAUCAUGUACGAACGUUGAAGAUCAUGUCUGAUAUCUUUCGAAAGGGAAUGUUGGAAGACUUACAAAUGGACUCCCAGCUAGUGCACAACAUGUUUCCUUCUUUGGAUGAGCUGCUGGAUAUCCAUGUACAAUUCCUUACGAGGCUUCUAGAUAGGCGCAAGGAGUCCCUGGCCAUUGAGAGCAACAAAAAUUUUGUCAUCAAUCGACUCGGAGACAUACUUAUGAACCAGUUUUCUGGAGAAACUGCUGAACAUAUGAAGAGAGCAUAUAGUGAGUUUUGCAGCAGGCACACCAAAGCAGUUAAACUGUACAAGGAGUUAUAUGCACGGGACAAGAAAUUCCAGCACUUUAUACGGAAAGCAACACGUUCAUCUGUACUUCGUCGACAUGGUGUCCAAGAAUGUAUCCUACUAGUUACACAGCGACUAACCAAAUACCCAGUUCUCAUUGACAGAAUCUUACAAAACACCAAAGAGGAUGGCAACGAAUUCCAGGACCUGGGGCAGUCUCUGAUCAUGCUGAAGGAGCUAAUCCAGGCUGUUGAUCAGGAAGUGCACGAUUGUGAACAAAACUGGCGACUCCAGGAGAUCUACAAUCGUAUUGAUAACAAGACAGAGGCUGUGGUCACAGGUAAACUCAUCUUCCGCAAAGAGGAGCUGCAGCGAAGGAAGCUGAUUCAUGAUGGAUACAUGCAGUUGAAAACAACAACCGGCCGCUUCAAAGAUGUCAGGGUACUCCUAAUGACGGAUGUAUUGAUACUGCUGCAGGAGAAAGAUCAGAGAUACACAUUUGUAUCAGUGGACAAAACUGCUGUGAUUCCCCUGCAGAAUCUGAUUGUCCGUGACGUGGCUAAUCAGGAGAGAGGAAUGUUUCUGAUCAGUGCCACCACACCUCCAGAAAUGCAUGAACUCUACUCCAUGUCCAGAGAAGAAAGAAGUACCUGGGUGAAGCAUAUUCAGCUAACGGUGUCAAUGUGCCCCAGAAAGGAAGAUUUCCCACUUGUUGAAACGGAGGUGGAAGUCUGCCUAAGGAAGAUAAAAGAUGAGAUCCUGCAGAAGGACCGUGAGAUUCUUGAGCUCCUGGAAGAGAAGACCAGUCUCUUUAAUGAUAUACUCCGGAUGCAGACCAUCGAGGAAACAAAUUUUUGCCUGAAACCCCGUAACCUCUUCCGAGCAGAUUCACUGGAUGCUCCCAAGGGGGAGAAACUUCUUAAUGGUGCCAUCCAUGAAGUUGAAAGUUUGAAAAAUAUAUUGACUGGCAGUGGACUUGAUCUUCUUCAGCUCUAUAUGGAACGGGACCAGAAUCACUGCCCCAACAAUGAUAGUGCCGACACAAUUUCUUUGAACACCACAGAUGGAGAUGAUCAGAGUCUCAAUGGAUCUACAGACUUCUGCAGAAUGAAUUCAGACACAGUCCAAAGGGAUCGAAAUGGAAACCAGUUGCAACAGAAGUCCCCACAGGAGGAGGUUUUCCAGAAGCUGGUGAAUUUAUAUGGACUGCUACAUGGAUUGCAGGCAGCCGUUGUUCAGCAGGAUACAAUAAUUGAACUGCGUUUGCAGGAAAUAAGUGAAAGGAGGGAAAAGCUUACACGCUCUAACUCAAAGGACAGCAACAUGGUUGACAUGAGAACCAUGUCAGUAGACAAACAAGGGACUGAAUUAACCCUCCUUCAGCGACAGCACUCCCUUUUACAGGAGGAACUGCGUCGAUGUCGCAAAACCUGUGAGGAGAGGGCAGUAGAAAUACAGGCAUUAGAGGAAAAAUUGCAGGAAAGUGAACGAGGAAGAGUGCAAUUACAGAAAGAGCUAGAAAUGCUGAAAGAACUGAACUCUAUAUCUCAACAGUCUGUGUUAGCAAGAAAGAAAAAAUCUUUCCAAGAGCGACGACGCAGUCUGCCAUCUGGAGACUUCCUUACCACCCUUAGUUCCCAGCAGGACAUGAGUCAUAGAAGAGGAAGUGAGGAUGAUGGAAUAUCUCUGAGCCACUUGCAUUCUACACGAUUAAAUAGUGACUCUAUAGCAGAUGAGGACAGUGAGCAUGGAGUGCCACAAAUAUCGCCAGAAGAAAGUGACCCAGAGCUUCACUCUGAAGAAGAAGAAUGUGAUGGGCAGAUCAUGAGCACAUCUGGUUCAAGAGAGUAUCAAAGAAUGCAAGACAUUCCAGAAGAGAUUGAAGGAACUCAGGAGGCACGGCCAGGUGAUCCCGCAACUGAGGACAGCCAGUAGCCAAAAAAUUAUAAAGGACUUUGUGAGGGAAAACAAUUCCAGAAUUCACAGUGCAAAAUAAAACGGAAAAAAUGUGACAUUCAGAAAUGCACAGAGAAGCGUCAAUAUUGUAGAAAAUAUGUGAGGACAUGAUGAGCACUGUGAUAAGUUGCAAAGACAUUUUAUGGGGUGGGCGAAUUUGCAGCAAAGGGCUUUUAAAGUACUGAUAUCACUGGGCUUUUUACUUAAAACGGUUUGCUAAUAACUAGCAUUGCAAACAUUUGGUUUCAGAGAACCUUAUUUAUUUUUUUAAAACCAAGUCUUGUAAAUAAUUGAGGGGAUUUUUUUCUGUUACUUUAUUGUUAAGAACAUGUUUGUUUACUGAAUUGAAAAAAAUGAAAUUAGAGAAGCCAUGUUGUACCUUGGUAUGUAUUAUUUUUUUUCAUCUUUCCCCUGUCAUUUGUUUUAUUGAUAGGUAGUAUACAUUUUUACUGCUGGCAGCCGAUGGGGAUAUUCAUUUUAUGAGGAACACUGACUAGUCUAUGCUUCUGAGAAUCAGUGGCCAGUCUGACUUAAUGAAAUACUAGGAUGUGGUGACAGUAGCAAAUGGCAUUUGGAUCUCUGACUGUAAGUACAAGAGCUGCAUUUACAGCAGCAGUAAAAUAGGGGGUCUAUGAUGUCAGUGAAAAACAAGAUGGCCGAAUAACAAUGCCAAAGCUGAAAACCUCAAAUGGCACUUCCACAAGAAGGCAAAGCCUCCCUUAUCCCCAUACAAAGGGAAGUGCCUCCCAUCCCUGGCAAAUAUAGUCAGGUCUGAGGUCACUGUACCUCAAAUGAAGGGGAAAAGUUCCUUCCAGUUUUCAGCAGUACCUGUCUUGUUUCAGUUGGAACUGUUGUUUGUUUCGCAAAUGUUUGGCUUCAUGAAUUAUGUUGCGUGUAGAUUUUUUUUUUAUCAAUUACGGUAUGUACUAUAAGACAUCUCUUUAAAAAGCUGCUGCUGAUGGGCACAAAUUCAGUAAGAAAAAGUGGAAUGCACUCUUGUUAACUAUCAAAUGCCCAGAUUUUACAAAGCGUCUAAUCCCCACCUCUGCAUGAUUCAACAUGACAUGUUCUUCAUGGUAGUGUUCUGCUGUUGUCACGGCCACAGAACUAGCUGACAGCCUAGUGGUCAUUUGUUUUCUGAAUGCACUAAUUUGGAUUUGGUUUAAUAGUCUGAAAACUGGCAGAAAAAACAAAUAAGAAUGAAAGUCAGAAAUUCUGUUUCAGAGGUAUAUGUCCCCUCCAUAGACUUAUGCUCUGUUUGAUUUGUAUACUUUAUAGGAAAUUGGAACUUUUACAGGAAACGUUCCAGUCUCUCCUUUCACCAUAAUGUACUUAAUGCUUCAAAAUAUGUAAAGAUGUAGUGAUGUAUCCUGCAAACAGAAAUGGCUUGGAGUCAGAAUUUAAAGGUAUCUCUACAUUGCUGUCAAGUUUUCUGUUAUCCCAGGAUGAAGCAAACAGACUAGAAUCUAAACCAUAUGCCAGCAACCUUUGUUUGAAUUUCUGAAGUUGCUAUGCCAUUGUAAACUUUGAGUAGGUGUGCACUGAGUCAUUAUCAGUCACUAGUUUAGAAGGAGUCAGUAUUAAGUGCUUGGCUCCACAAUGUAGAGGUGUUGCCCUUGACUAGGUGCCAGUGACCCAGAGCUGGAAAUACUGACUGUAAAGAGAUGAAAAUUAGUAGUCAAGUGUGACUUGUCCAUCCUAGGGGAACAGUGCUGGCAGUGUCCCACAGCAGGAGUCCAACCUGAAGGAAGACAUGGAAAUUCAAUUCUAUGCAUGGUAAUUUUGUGGAAUGAAAGCUUACCAGAGUGAUCACUUCACUGCAACCAAGUAGUGUAGAUGUUUGGAAUGCUACACCCACCACUGGCUCAACAUAGCGGAUCCUGCACACUGUUUUUUUUGGAAAGCAGGCUGACAGUGUUAAGAUCAUACAGAAAGAAUAUCUUAACAUCUUCCAACUUACAGCUGCUUUCAAUGGCUCUUGCCUUCUUCUCAUGGUAUCCCUAUAUACUGGAACAAGGCAAGAAAGAAAAGGACAAUAGGGCAAUAAACGCUUGAUGUUGGGGUGAAGGGGUCAGAUGAUUUUUAAAUGUAUUAAACUAGAAAUGCCAGGUUGUGUUCUUACACUUCAGGUAAGUGUAAUUCAGAUUCAUUUGAAUGAUAUAAUAUUAACUCAGCUCCUCAGACUAGUCUGUGUUUCACCUGAAUCUAGUAUUGAGAUUGUCAUACUAUUGCUGGAAAAUAAUAAAAAAGCUAUAUAAACUUUCUUUUUUGAGCAAGACAUGAGACUGAUGGAUUAUAUUUAUACAAGCACUGAGGUUUCUGUAUUGUGCUAAUUCCCUUGAUGUACAUCCUAAUUUUGAAGCAUACACCAGGAUAGCGUGCAAUAAAAAUGUGCAGGAGCUGGAAUCCUUUUGCACGAAAAAAAGAGAGUAAUGUUAAAUUAUGAAAUGAUUUUCACAUUAGCAUCCUCUUAAGACUUCCCUGAUGGUUUGUACUAGAGACCCUGUCACUUACAGGAAGAGUGAUGAGUGAUUGUCACAACAGGUGUACACAUUAUACUGCUGGAAAUGGUGAUCUCUGGGACCAGACUAGAUUCCAGGGCACCAGUGAAAAUGUAAAGGGUUCAUGUAUAAAAGUCAGUGGUCUGGAUUAGGUUUAGACUGGCAGUGCCUGCAGGUGCAUCAGUAAUGUGUCAUUCAUCAGAAAAUGAAGUUUUUGGUAUAUAAAGCCUUACACACCUGCAUGUUUACUUGAGAGACAUCACACAGAUACAUGCUUAUAAGAGGGACAGACAAAAAAAAAGUUCAGAACAAGAACAUUGCUUUAUUAGAGUCACCAGAAGUGAAAAUGUACAUAUUUUUGAAACUUCUACUAGCAAAAAUGUGAAAAUAGUGCCUGUCUUCGGGCUUGAACCCAUGUCUUUCAGGAUACUCUCUUGCCUGCAUUACUAGUUGUGCCAUUGAAGUGUCAAAAAUCACUGCUUUUGUGGGACACUUUUCACUUUCAAAGUGGCAUUGCACAAACUUGUGCACAAGAAAUGAUUUAUUAGGUUCACAGGAGGGGAGGUAUGAGAUUUUACAGAAAGCGUACAAUGAUGAGAGCUUGCUAAGCAUCUGAAGUGGAAGUUCUGCUAUGUAAAAUGAGUUUAUAAUGAAUAAUUACUGGUGAGUUUGAUCAAAACACAAAACAUUGAAAAAACUCAUUGGAGAUUACCAUUAAUUGCCACUAAAAUUAUUGGAAAAAAAGUAAUCGCAAAUGAAAACCAAUAGGUUACAUUUGUGAUUACCAAAUGUAAAACAAAAAAACUUUUACAUGGGGUGCUUCACCCACCACACCAUCUGACAUGGAGACUGUGCCCCCACACUUCUAACGCCAAGGUUACACAAACUCGAAUAAAGGGCAAAAACCCUUGAAUUAUGUAACUGUCAAUCUAAUGAACUUUAACCAUUACAUAAUUUGACAAACUGUACCACACUUGAAAAUAAACGCCAGCAUUUCAGCAAAUGAUAAAAUGCUUUUAGUGGUAACUCAUAUAAAACUCACAUAACGUGAUUCUUAGUUGUCAACUGUGCCACUGAAACAAAUAAAACCUGGUCUGUUUAAAUGCUGUGUGCCUCAUGGUAGCCCAUAAAUUGUUUCUCUUUAUGGUAUAUUUUGGUAACAUAUUUGCAUUCAUACCUCUGAAUUGUCCAGGUUUUUGCCCCAUAGUUUUGGCCUGUUUCUCCAAAAACUGUGGUUUUUCUGGCAAAUCACUGAGGACUGAAUUCAGAAAAUGAUGGCAGGCAUUUGAGUUUCAGACUUCAUAUUCUUCAGAAAAUUCAUGAUAAUGCAAAACCCAUUAGAUUAUCAGCUCUCUAAGUUUGCAAGAGCAAUAUUUAAAAGUGUCCAUAUUUUUGUGCCUUUGUCCCCCCAUUAUUGGUGGCUUUGUCCAGAUUUCUUGCUCUAAGAGGUUGAGAGAGAUGUGCUUGCAUUCCAGAAAACAUUGGUUAAAAUCUAUUUAAGGCAUUUUCUUUUUUUCUUCACUUCUAGCAUCCAUAUAUGUAUAAUUAGAGCCAAAGUAUAUAUACUUCCACUCAUCUGUGAUUGUAGAGCUUGAUUAUUUGUGGCCGGUAGGUUGUAUAGUGAGAAACAGUAAUGUACCCAAAGAGAGGCACAAUCUCAGGUGGUUAAGUGCCCCAGCUAAUAAUAUAUUCAAAAUUUAAUUAAAACAGCUGAUUUCAAUCGCUUACUAAAGUGUUCACUUCUUUCUCACAGUGACUUAAAAAAAAACGUACUUCUGAUUCUUGUUGGUAUAUUACUGAAUCAUCAUUGGUGACCCUGUAAAAUUAUUGUAAAAUACUGUAAGGCAAUUCUGUUUUUUUUUCCUGUCAUCAAUGGCAUCUUCAUUCCUCAUUAUGUACACGUGAUCCAGAAACAUUCCAUGUGUACAUUGAUGUGAUCCAUGUGUCAGUUUCACCAGUACACUGUGUUUGCAGUUCCUUGGCAGAAUAUUGAGAAUUAGAAACUCACUAGAUUGCCUAAUGCUGCUAACUGCCUUUCACCAUUAGAAAAGAAGCUUCCUGUUGAAACUGCAGUAAUACUAAAUGGUUUUGUACUGUUAAAUACUAUGAGGUAUACAUUUCAGGGUAUUUUAAUUAACUGGAGUAGGGGAGGUCUGGUUUUCAAAGCUGCUUGAAUUAUUGACAGCCUGGUUCUCUCCCCCCAGGUGGUGCUUUGGAGGCAGAACAGGCACAAGAGAAUGCGAUCCCAUGUCCACGUUUGCCUUUGUCUUGCAUCUACAUGUACAUUUUGAAGUCUGUGUAAAUUUUUUUUAGUUUGCUUUAUAUAUGUAUAUAUCUAUAUAUUUGUGCUUACAUUUUAAAAUAAAGCAAAUAGUUACACUUA